CUGAUCUCUUAAAAUCCUUAUAGGCUCGAUUUAUCAAAGAACUGGGUUCAUUCCUCGCGAGUUUCUUUCAAGCAAUUAUUCUUGCCCUAUCCUUCCCCAAAGCUGACGAUCGACCGCACCAAACUUUAUUGCUGAAAUGGUUAAUGAUGAACGAAAAGAGUGUGCAAAUUUAAUGAACAGAAAGUUGAAGUCGAAACUAUAUGAAACGUAUAAGAAAUACAAAACAGAUAAAGAGCGGAUGCUGCAUAUACCGAAAGGACUAUCAGCAGAAGAUUGGCAACAAAUGCUUCGA